AUUGGAUAUUAACUUAUACAUCACUACCGCUUCCCUUUCUUCUUUCUCUUCUCCCACCGCCAUUGUGGUGAAAGGACUGUGGACAAAAUGUCGUCCCACAAGACGUUCAGGAUCAAACGCUUUCUUGCUAAGAAGCAGAAGCAGAACAGGCCUAUCCCGCAGUGGAUCAGAAUGAAGACUGGCAACAAGAUCAGGUAUAACUCCAAGAGGAGACACUGGAGGAGGACCAAGCUGGGCUUAUAAGCACUCAGAUCUCCAACAUCCCUUGCUUCUUCCAUCUGCCAAGACCUCCACCUGCUGGGCCUGGAAAGGAAGCCAUGUUAUCUGGAACAGCAGUCUUUUUGUACAGAUACUCUGGUUAUUCUCGUGUUUGACAAUAAAAGAUGUGAUGAAACCAGAAA